AGCAAGUUUUAAAAGCUCGUUAAGGGGUGCUAUCAGAGACGGGGAUACGUCUCUCCCAUUUCAGGAGAUUCUUAAGCAGGCUGGUGGAGAAGAGAGGGAUUUUUCUUUCCCCCUUCAGUCCUUUUGUUUGGGGGUGGGUGGGUGAAAAUUGAAAAUCGAGAAUGGAUCCCUGCCAAGGGCUUGGAUUCUUCUAAAAUACCCAACAUCCAGACUUGAGAUACGGAGAGCUGAAAAUAGAACAGAGCAGCUCCUUGGAGCCGGCCCUCCCUCCUGGGCAACACUGGAUGCUUGUGAAUUCCUCGAGGGAGUCGUGUUGUGUAUUGUCCACUCAAGGACAUGCGCCUUUAAAGAGGGAGCUGCUAACCCAGGCGGCAGAGGUUUCAUUGCCUCUGCUUCGAAGGAUUCGGCCCGAUUCGGAACGCAGGAGAGUUUCGGAGAGGUCAGCCAUGAGGGUCGUUCUUGGAGGUGUCCUCUUGGGCCUCUCGCUCUUCCUCGCGUCGGUCCCCGUGCCUGGGGAAGGAAUCCUGGUGGGAGAAGGGACCCAGGGAGAAGCGGAGGUCUCGCCCUUAAGAGAACCCCAAACCAAAGAGGAGGAGGAGGAAGUCAUGGGGGGCGCUUCGGACUUCAGAGGACCACAGCGGAGGGUCUCUGUCGCUUCGGACAAUCCCGAAGGAGUCCAACGUCCUCCGCACUUGGCUGGAGAGGAGGAGAUGCCACCGAGCUUAGGGCCUGGACCCGGCUUCCUGUCCUGGCCUCAUGAAGACCCAGAGGAUCCUGUGUGCAGGGUGAAACUGGACGAGGGCAGCGUUUGGGGGCCCAGCCAUCUGGAGGUAGCUGGUCUCCUCACCAGCGACGACAGCCGUUUCCUGAAGGCGCUGCGCAGAUCCACCUGGGGCCAAGGGGAGCUGGAGACCUUUGGACUGUGUCCCCCAGAUGUCUCCUAUGGCACCCUCUCAUCUCUCCAGCGCCUUGCCGGUUCCCUGGCUGAUCCAGGGCAGAACCGGUUUCUCCUGCUUCAUCUGGAGGAAGUGAAAUGGGAGGCGGAGACAAAACUGAGGUUUAAGCUGACUUUCCAAGAGGAUGUGGGAGGGUCCCUUGGCCCUCUGCAACUCGCUGUGCUUGUGUUUUACCACGGGAAGGAGGAACGGGUGGGAGCCGGCUCCAAGGAGAAGUUCCUCGUGGGAGGAGAAGGCCUCCACCAAAAGCAGGUUGUCUGCCUCUCCAGGGGAACGCGGUACCUUGUCUUUCGGGGUUCAGUGGGGUCUGGCAGACAUACUCCUGGACAGAUCAUCUACGAAGUUUCCUUGGCAAUCUGGCGACAUAGCCACAAAGGGUCUGCUCUCUCCUCCCAGGAGGCCCAAGCUUUAUUGUUUGGAUUAGACGCCAAAUGUUUUACCCGCAUGACCCCGGCUGUGCUGCUGUUGGCAAAACAAACGCCCGAAGACUCUGCCUUCCUGCCCUCUUCUUUCCUCGCUGCCAGCGGUGUGCUGGAUAUCGUCCCUUUCCCCCAGCCCAGUGGUCUGCCUCUUCCCGGUGUGGCUGAAGCGCCCCCCUCCGACCCCACCAGCCCGACGAAUAUCUCCACAGCACCGGCCCCCGCGAGCACCCGGCAGUUCCUGGAGGCCCUCUCGCAGUUUGUCAACAAGGUCCUGAGCGCCUCCGGCGAGCCGCCCCCCACCUCCCGGCCUUCCCUGCGGCUGGAUUUCGACACGAUGGAGGCCCUCCCGCACUGGCUGCUCAACCUGUCGCAGAAGGUGGCCUUGGAGCAGCUGGUGCAGUCGGAGGACCACCUGGUGGUCCUCUACCCGGAGGACAGCCAGGCCUUGAUGGAGCAGCACCUGGACCGCUGGUUCCUGGAGGGCAGACUCUUCCAGCAGCUGCUGGAGAAGCUGCAGGCCGUGAUCCAGGAGCUGAAGGCCGUCCCCUCCUUCCGGGCCAACGCCGAUCUCUUCCGCGGCCUCCUGGCCUUCUGCCACUAUCCUCCCGGCAGUGACCCGCGAGCGACGGAGGGAGCCGGAGGCCGGAGCAAGGUCCACAGCCUGCUGCUGCUCAAGGCCCUGCAGGCGGUGCGCGCCCGGUGGCGGGAGUCGCGGAGGCUGCCCCGGGCGCACCGCAGCGCCCAGCACGAUUACUGCCGCUUGCGGGAGCUCCGGAUCGACCUGGUCUCCACGGGGUACGUCAUCCUGCCGGCGUGGUACAACGCCAACAACUGUGUGGGGCCCUGCCGGCUGCCCCUCUCCACCCGCAUCCCGGACUACUACUCCCACACGUACUUCCUGCUGCACAUGCACCAGCAGGGCGCCCCCCUCCAGCGCACCGCUUGCUGCGUUCCCGUGAAGUACUCCCAAAGCCUCAUCCUGACCUUUACCAACGACGAGGGGAUCAAGGCCAAGCAUUACCCCAACAUGGUGGCCGAGGCAUGCGGCUGUCGGUAGAGAGGGCCCCCGCGCCCCAGUCCUGCCCUCUCUCGGAUUUCGGGAGGAGGGUCCGGGGCCUGUCUGGGCUGACUGCGCCCGCCCGCCCGCUCCUGCUGCCGACCAGCCCGGGGUGUGCCGUUGAGACACGGAACUUCCCCGUCUGCCCCAAGGAAAGUGAAAAUUCCGCCAGGCAGGCCUGCAGCUACUUCUUCUGACUUGGCGUGAUUUCUUCUGCCUUUUUCAACUGGCGACACUUUUGGUUUGGAUUGCUAGUUUGCCCAUCUGGGAUUCAGGGCAAGCUGAAGGCCCCCCCACAAGCACUGAGAUCUCAUUCAGACACCCCUCUGAAGAGGGGAAUUUGAUUCUCCAACAGUGGGUGCCCUGCCCACAGACUUACAAGCAUAACUUUAAAACCAUGAAGAGAGAGGCCGUAUGAUGCUCUAGGGCUGGCUGACAUUCUGCCGGCCACCCCUGAGCUGGCUCCAUGUCUUCAUGGGCCCCUUUGGGGUGGGGGCACAGGGGGUGACAGCUCUCAUAAGAACAUCAGAACAGCCCCGCUGGAUCAGGCCCAAGGAGGCCCAUCCAGUCCAGCAUCCUGUUUCACACAGUGGCCCACCAGAUGCCCCUGUGAGCCUACAGGCAGGAGUUGAGGCCAUGCCCUCUCUUAUGCUGUUGCUCCCCUGCAACUGGGAUUGAGAGGCAUCGUGUCUCUGAGGCUGGAGGUAGCCCACAGCCACCAGACUAGUAGCCAUUGAUAGACUCUCACCUUCCUGUUCUGCUUGUGGUCUUCCUGGAAGCAUUUGGUGGGAAGCCUUGGGUUAUUGGACUGCAACUCCCAUCAUCCAUUGUGGCCAGGGAUGAUGGGAGUUGUAGUCCAAAAGCAAGAAGUUACCCAAGACAGGAUCUUGCAAUCUUUCCUAAUCCCAUUGUUGCCCUCUGAUGUGUGAAAAAGACCCUUGAGCAUGUACAAAGCGUUUUCCUUUCCCGGUCCAUAACCGCUACCAGUAACAUGACCACGUAUGACACCCUUCCUUUUAUUUGGCGGUCCUGUCCUGCCCUCUUUGCUGAUGUGCCUUUCCCCACCUGUUGAAAUGGUUCGAAAUGAUAUCAUUGGGGGCGGGGGAAGAGAACCAGAAUGGGACACUUCAAAGUUUCAGAAAUGUUUAUUUAAAUAUACAAGUCAUUAUAAACAGAUCUAAGCCAUGGCAGUGGGUGGAAAAUCCUUUGAGCAGACAGCUGAGGUUGGCUUGCUGGGCGCUCUGUUUUUACUAAAAAUUUGCUCGGUUUCCUUUUUGUAUGCUAUGCUCUCAUGUGAAAUGGACACACAACAAAUUAAUGUACAGUGGAGGUUAUUUUCUGUCUCGUUUUAUUAUACAGAAAUAUCAUGUACAUUUUUUUCAA